UAUUAGUCAAAUUGAAAGACCAAUUUUUAUGAGGAUGUUUGUGUGCUUAGCUGCACUUAGGGAUGGAUUCAUUUCUGGUUGCAGACCAGUAAUUGGGGUGGAUGGGUGCCAUCUAAAAGGGGCAUACCCUGGGCAGAUCUUGGUUGCAGUUGGAAAAGAUGGCAAUAAUGCCAUCUUCCCAAUUGCUUGGGCAACUGCAGAGAUUGAGAACAAGGACAGCUGGUGCUGGUUUCUGGAGAGCUUGCUCAAGGCACUUUGUGUGUAUGACCAAGGAGAUGGCUUGACUUUUAUGUCUGACAGACAGAAAGGUCUCAUAGAAGCAUUUGCAGAUGUGGCCCCCAAAGCUGAGCUCAGAUUUUGUGUGAGGCAUAUUUGGUAAAAUUUCAAACUGAAAUUUCAUGGUGCAACUUUCAAGGAAUUGUUCUGGGCUGCUGCUAGGGCAAGCACUCUGGUAAGCUUCUAUUUAGGUUCUUUUAUGUCAGUUUUAUGGUGAACUAUAAUGUAUGCUAGGAACAUUUAGUUUUGCACAUAUUUGCAUGUCUUUCUAUUUUGUGAAAACUGUAUGCCAUGUGUCUAUGUUGUGUUGAAUGGUUGUCAUGUGUGUGGUUGUAUCAGUUUGAGUUUGAAGUUGCUAUGGAAAGUAUCAAUUUUUUGGAUGAAGAAGCAUACCAGUGGCUGUCAAACAUUGACCCCCAGCACUGGUCAAGGCAUGCUUUCUCUACAAACUGCAAGUCUAACAUGUUGUUAAACAACAUGUGUGAGACAUUUAAUGCAGUGAUUAGAGAUGCCAGAGACAAGCCUAUUCUAACUCAAAUGGAAUGGCUUAGAAGAUAUAUGAUGAAGAGGAGUAAUGACAAAUGGGAGGCAGCAAAGUCUUGGGAAGGUUUACUAACCCCA